AUGGCUACUAUUACGAGCUCCCUGGCGGAGCAGCCGCUCGAGCAGCUGGCGCUGUACCAUGUCGUGGAUCCCUACCUGUCGUCUGUGUUCGUUUUCUACGGCUCCGUUGCGACUGCCAGCAGUUCUCGAAACCAAGCCCAUGUCUUCACAGCUGCCGGCAUUAAAAGCUAUCCCCGCAUCAUCGUCUCUCCCGCAGCUCCUCUCUAUGUCGCCGUCAACCACCUCCCACGAGAGAAACAAGGCGACGAAGUCUGCCGUGGUCUGGCUGUUAGCCUCCUCAAAUAUUUUAAAGACUUGCCUACGCCGGCCAAAGAGUGCAUGACCCUGCUUGCGAAGGCCGGCAAAGCUUCCGGGAGAAUUCCGAAGAUGUUCGAAGAAACUCACGCCGCUGAGCUGGCCAAUCGCAUGACCAAAAUAACAAAUACUGGCGAUAUCGUGCGCGAUCUCCGAGAUGCAUAUGACGACAAAAAGGCGCCAUGGAUCGAUUUGGACGUCGUAAUGCCACCGGGCUCGAUCAUACAACCCGAGCCAGAAAACGACAAAAAGGCAGCCGAGCCGGACGAAGCUAUCGAUGAUGGCCAGGCUAGUGGACAAUAUGGGAAAUAUGCCCCGUUGAUUGAAGCUCUUGGUGAUCCGAUCUUUCUUCCUACCUCCCGUCUUCGGCGAGCACCAUCUCAGCCAACAAAUCUCAGCAGGUCCAAGGUGUUUACAAAAAGCCAAAAGGAAUCGCUACGGCUCGCCAUGUGUGAGGUCGUCGAUACUGAAGAACGUUAUGUGAGCAAAGUUUACGACUUAGUCCACAAUGUUGUUCAGGAAUUCGAACACAAAGCCCGUUCAAAAGCCGUAUCUAGCUCAAGUCCGGACGAGACUGCCCUAGCCGAACUCUUUCCACCCUGUCUCAAUGAAAUACUGGAAGUCAACAUGGGCUUUCUUGAAGUGAUACGGCAGAUUUUGGAAAACACCGAGCAUGAAGCUAUAGCAGAUCUCGCACAAGAUACCGACCUACAAUCUUCAGCGUCCUGGCGCAUUCAAUCAAAGCAAGGAAAAGAUCCAAUGGGCACAAUCGCAUUUGCGAAUGCGCUGAUCGAAUGGUUCCCCCGGUUCGCUACGCCAUACGCCGAUUACAUGAAAGCGCACACCGGAUUCACGCAGACCUUGAAUUCUUUCUUGAAAGAUGACAAGACCAGUUUCUCUCGACGAGUUUACGAGACUGGCGAGCAGAAGCUGCGCUCUUUACUCAUGGAGCCUGUCCAGCGACUGCCCAGGUAUAGCCUACUCAUUGAUGCCAUGACGAACAACAUUCCGUCGGUCCAUCCUUCUGUAAGACUCUUUCUCAAGGCCCGGGAUAUUAUCAAGGAAAUUUGCUCCCUCGAUACUCCAGCAAACACCGACUACAUGCGGAGCCUGAGACGUUUAAUGAGCAUGGUCGAGUUUUGGCCACCUUCUGUUGUCCCUCAAGGUCGGCUCAUAAAUGCAAUCGACUCUUCCGAAGUUCUCCCGCCAUAUCGUGCGGGAGAUCAAGACCUAUCCAACAAUAACACCAUGAUGCUUCUCUACAAGAACUGUCUCGUAUUGCUAUCACGGACCCCAGGAAGCAACAUGACAGCACGCGGUCUAUUAUCGGAGGUUGAAAAUCAAGCUGCUACUGUUACCACAGGCGAAAAACCGUUGUCGCAACCGAGCCCGCAGUUUCGUUUUAUCAGGUCGUUUGACUUGGCGACCUUGUUCUGUUUGCAAUCGUCUAAUGGCAGCAUCUUGUAUCUUAUGCCCAGUAACACUCAGCCCACUGGUUCUCUUGGAUCGGCACAAUUAACACCGCAUGCUCUGCAAUUAUCGGGGAUGUAUGAAGGGCGAGCCAGUCGGCUCAUAGAAGAAAUUCUCAAAGCCAAGAUUGAGGGUCGAUUCUCCGAGAAAGAACGUGAGAGUGCCAAGUGGACGCUACGGAGUCCUACUGUGGUACCUGGAAGUCUAGGAAUCAUCGCUCCUGUGUUUGAAGAGGACCCUAAUGGGCUGAUGCAAAGAACUGGCCAUUCAAAGGCCCGAAUAGUGUUUGAUACUCCUAAAGUCAUAUGCAUGAAGACUUUAGAGAAUGCGUCCGUUGAUGUGAUUGUCUCUGUGGCAUUGACUGAGGAUAGUCGGUACAGACUGGAAAUUAAUACUGCUUCUGGCCUCAACGCUGUGGAAACUGUGACCGUUGAUGAAUUCAUAUCAACCCUCUUAACAAGGCUUUGCUCCAUUCUUCCAGCUAUAUAUCAUCCGCAAAACCGCAGCUUGACAGAAACUCUAGUUUACUCGAAUAUGGAUAUACUUCGCCAAGUUGGAAAUCAUAUCAUAUCUCAGACGAAAACUUCUCGUGGAUUCCGGCCUCCAUCCCCUACGAAACUUAUUUCAAAUCUAUGGGGCGGUGGCAGUCAGACAAAAGAUGCUCCCUCGCUAUCAAAGGCGUUUAAUCCGAACUUGGCUCUAAAUGACAUUCCGAAGAUGGCCCCCAAGUCCUCAGCACGACCAACAACGUCGCCUGCAGCACUAGAUGAGGCCCCUCCCAAAAUCUCUAUUAUUGCACCGCAGCAUGCAAAUGAAGAUGAUCGCCUUCGAAAUUUGGAACAAACAUUUUCCUCUUACAUCCUUGCUCUACGCUCACGAAGUGGUAAUAUAGUUGGCCGUACCUUACGAGGAAGGGCCGGCGCGGACAAAACUAUGGUCAACGAACUCUACAAUGUUCUUAUUGAAGACUCUAGCAAGCUCCAAGCGGCCGCAGAAGUUCCUGUAGAUGUUCUUUUUGUGGCUUUUGAGACCUUCGUUGCCAAUGCUUGGAGCGAUGAAAUCGGACCAAUCCUCUCGUCUGAUAUUCUCGUAGCUAUCCAAAAUAGCUUUGAUUCCUCAUUUCCCAAAGACUUUGAAGAAUUCUUCCGGCGAACUAUCACCGAAAUAAGUCCCCAAAACAAUCGCGCGUUGAGUGCAAUGGUUCGACUUCUAGCUGAACUUCUAGAUGCCUCCGGAAACGAUGGCGAUCGAGGUGCAUUGACAGCCGCAUUUGCAGAAAUUCUUGGUAGCAAUGAUGCGCCAAUGCAGUACAUAUCCCUGCUCGAUCGUUUAGUUGAGGAUUAUGAUAACCUCUUCGAAGAAAAUCCCAGCGGAUCAAAGUCAAUUGAGACUACUCCCAGCAGACCUUUAUCAUCCCAUACAGGCUCAAUAGGUUCUAACGCAUCGUCAUUCCGAAAAAGAUUUGGUUUCGGCUUGCAUCGCGAUAAUUCAACUCGGUCCGACGGGGAGAGUAAAGUUAGCUCACUCAUACGAACACUGAGCAAAACGAAGAAUAUUGCCAACGACAAUGACGGGAGGAUAACACUAUCUCGCUCUAGGUCCACGGACACAGAUUCGAGGCUAGCGGAUCUUCUACGGCCGACAACACGCGAACGGCCCCCAAUAUAUGGUGCUUUCCGGUCAGAAGAGAGUAUUCGACGUCCUGGAAGCUCCCAUGAUGAUAGCUUCAUUUUACAUUCUAUUGACGAGCGGCCUUCUACGCCGCAGAGGGAACCUGGACGCAGGAAGAAGAGGCGUAGCUCGCUGUCUGACCUUCCUGGUUUUACAACGCCUACGCGGCCGGCAGCGCUGUCCCCAAUUGAUACCCCGAAACCUCUGACGCCCGCAUCUACAAAGCCUCGUCCUCAAUCCGAAGUCAUUUCUAGCCUCCAAGGGAUACAGAUGCAUGACAGUCCUGCCACUGAAUCCCCUAGUCGAAUUCCUCAAACGCCGCACUCUCCGAAUCGUGUUUCUCCAACCAAACGGCUUGGGUCCCCAAUAAGACGUCCUACCUCGCCUGUCCGUCAAGGGUCGCCAACUCGCAAGGAGAAUGCACAACCGCGUUAUAAACUGACCGAACGAGCUGUCAAUAAAAAGAGCGAUGGCCCGAUAUCGCCUUUAUACACUCGAAAGAAACGUUCUGAGACCCUUACCAAUAUUCCUCAACCAGCGAAGAUGACAUUGCAACCCAAGGAUCGCCCGCUUACUUCACAUGGUUCGGAAUCGGGUACGAGGCGUGACCAGCCCUGGUCAUCUCCCCAAAAGCCUCAAAGACUGCGACUGCAAAGUCCUCAAAAGCUUCGAGACCGGAUCCAAAAUGAAGCACUGGCUCAGAGCAAUGGCGAGUCUACGUUCCAGGCUGAGUUGCAGCUUAUUAGCAAAGAGAUCUCCGCCUUGAUGCAGCCGUCCUCACCAACCAAGCAACGUCAGCCUAUAUCAUCUGAAAUGACUGCAGCUGGGAACAUUAUGAGCCGUGUGCGGAGUUUAGAAAACAAAUUCACGACUUUCAGCACCGACAUGAGUGACCGGACGGCAGCUUUGCAGAAAGACCUAGAAAGCUCAUUGAUUGUUAGCGAGAAACGAGCCAAGAAGUUGGACGAGCUCUAUCGUGAGGCGAGUGCUGAAAAUGAGGCACUUUAUGAGAAGUUCAACACCGAGCUCAGCAAGGUUGUCAAAGAUGUCCGGGCGGGUAAAGGGGAAGAUACUUUGAAGACGCAACUCAGAGAUGCGUUGGAGGAACUUGGACGGGUAAAGAAAGAAAAUUUGAGGCUGAAACGAGAAGUUGGGGGUCUCAAGGCUGUUCGGGCCGACACUGACUUACCAGCUAGAAUACCUGGAGAUGGGAACGAGGCACCAUAG